UUUUUAAGGUUAAUGAAAAUGAUUUACCAGCCUGGCAGAGAGAAUGCAGAUAGAUAUGUCUGCAUUCUUACUUUUAUACAUGUGUCUGUUUCCUUUCCUUUGCAAGUUCAUGUACACAAUACAUGUACACACGUUAAGCAGGAGCUCUUGAUAAAUCAGAUGAAGUGGGUGAAAACCACAGAGAGCAAGCAGGUUUCCGCUUAAGUGUAUUUCUAUGCAUCGAGUUUUAUUUUCUGUUUCUGAAAGGGGCUGAGUAUUUCCCCUUUGUUAUGUUCUUUCCUAUACAUGCGUGUGUACAAACAGGAUGUGACUAACUGUGAAGUGUAUAAAGGUUUAUGUACAACUUCAUUUCGGGGCUCUACUUUUCUGACUCCCAGAGUCAGAACCUUUAAAUAAAACAUUUAAAGACAAAGAUCGAUCUUUAUCAUUUCUUAGCAGUUUUCUCUAUCCUUUUAUUGAAGGAUUUCCGUGUCAGCCUUCAUCCAUUCAGAUGGGUUUUAUACAUCUCAGAAUCUUAGUUCAUAUAUGGGAAGAUCAUCUACAGGAAGAAAAUGGAGGACUAGCUACAGCAGAACCACAUCAGAGUUUUGGAGGAGCUUGAAAACAGCUUCAGGUCACAAACCAAAGUCCCAGGCGUGAUUGACUCACAAAGAAAUCUUCAACAUGCUGUUAAAUAAAAAGUUUCUUUUUGUCUUGAUGGCAAUAAUAAUUUGGACACUGGCCCUGCCAUCAUCCGGAUGCCACAUCGGGGCUCUGGCACCACAGCAGAAGAGCGGCUCGUUCCUACUGGAUUUAGCUGUGAACUCUGUUGACGACAUGUACAUUGGCUGUGAAGAUGAGAUGGAAGAAGAAGUGGCGAAGUGGUUAGAGAAGGAGAAAAAAGGGAAUUUUGGAAAGGCUUGGAAUAAAUCGGAGCAGUACUACAAUAACACAUGGGCGACCACCACCUCAACGCUGAAGAAAGAACAAAUCAUGGCUGUUCAUGCUUACACCUUGGGAAUGCCUCCAAUAUACGCUGAGUUCAAUAAGGCGGUCCGAACACAAAAAUCUGAGUACAUGACCAAAUUUCAGUAUCACGCCUUUCAUUUCUACCUCACCAUGGCCCUACGCUCCCUCAAGCCCAAGGCAGCAGAGUGUGUCACCACCUACCGGAGAACCAACUGCAGAUUUGAAACAGGUAUCAACAGAGAGGUUCGCUUCGGUGGCUUUACCUCCAGCUCAUUGGGUUCUUAUUCUUCUCCUGGGUUAUUCGGUAACCAAUCAUGCUUUGAGAUUAUCACCUGCUUUGGAGCAGACAUCUCAGAGUUCUCUAAGUUUAAAUCAGAAAAAGAGGUCCUGAUCCCUCCGUAUGAGGUUUUUAAGGUAACAGACAUACAGAAAAGAUCCCAAAAGAAUUCCCUUCCAUGCGAGGUUGUCUACAAUCUGGAGAGCACAAACAAAAUCCUUUUGAAUUUAAACUGUGCUCUCACUGACGAGUCAGAUUUGUGAUGAAAUGUCUAAAAAAAAUACAACCUGCAUUGUGCAAAGUCAGACGUAAUUCAUGUAAACUCUGCCCAAUAUUUAUUUUAUACAUCUAAAUAUAAUCAUAAGAAACAUACAAGAGUGAAUGUUCACAUUUUCAGUCUCUAAUAUAUGAAAUUUUAAAUUAGGAAACAAGUUCAAGUGUAAAACUAAUUUCAUAAAAGGGACAUAAAAUAUUUGAAGAGCACAUUAGUUUAUGUUACAAUCACAAACUUUGUGUUUACUUUCCUUUUCUAAUUCAUCAAAGUAAUCCUGAACCCUGCUGCUGUGCUUUUUCUUUGUCACAACCCAUAAUGGCAGACUGAGAUUUACUUUUUUAUGGAAGUCCAAACAUGCAAAAAAAUAAAGAAGGAAGUCAUAUAAUGAUUACUUAAAUUAAUUGCAACAUGUAUUAACGGAUAAUCUUGAUUGACCAAUUUCACAAUUAAUUGUAAAAGAAAUUCAAUUUUACUGAUAUACUAAUUAUUGAUGACUUCAUUUGUACAAUUCUGCUUAUAUUUUAUCUAUGAUACACAUAAAUAAUGUUUUCAAUGAUUUAUGUAUUUAUUGUAUUUUGGUAUUUUGAAAUAAUGUAUUGCUGAAAGCAUGUCAUUCCUUUGCAUUGUCACUUAAUGCUUGCUCAAGAUACUAACCUGACUACUCGAAGCAAAUAGUUGUUCCUGUUUGAUAGAAAAAAUAUUAACAACUGCCAUAAAAUGAUAAUCUGUAUUUGAUUAUUUUAAACUGCAAUUUCAUUUGAACUGGACUGAAUGUGUAAAUGAGUCUGAAUCUGACUGAAUUGUAUUGGACAAGUAGGAUGUGAUAAUGAAUACAUUUUAACUGUUUUAUAUUUGUUGUGAAAUGGUUCUAUAUACAUUUACUGAACAGAAUCAACAAUCUUUAAAGGACAAAAAAAAGUUUCAUAGCUGUAAUUAAUUGCUCUGUACUUCUGUUAUAUUUCCUGUUUGACUAUUCUGUUUUAAUAAAUCUCAAAUGCAUGUGC